AUGCUGGGCGCCGGGUUCAAGGCGGAGCGCCUGCGGGUCAACCUGCGCCUCGUCAUCAACCGCCUCAAGCUCCUGGAGAAGAAGAAGACCGAGCUGGCCCAGAAGGCAAGGAAGGAGAUUGCGGAUUACCUGGCCUCGGGCAAGGAUGAGCGGGCUCGGAUCCGCGUGGAGCACAUCAUCCGGGAGGACUACCUGGUGGAGGCGAUGGAGAUCCUGGAGCUGUAUUGCGACCUCCUCCUGGCGCGCUUCGGCCUCAUCCAGUCCAUGAAGGAGCUGGACUCUGGUCUGGCAGAAGCUGUUUCCACCCUCAUCUGGGCUGCCCCCCGACUGCAGUCGGAAGUAGCUGAGCUGAAAAUUGUUGCUGAUCAACUGUGUGCCAAGUACAGCAAGGAAUAUGGCAAGCUGUGCCGGAGUAACCAGAUUGGCACUGUCAAUGACCGGCUGAUGCACAAGCUCAGUGUCGAAGCACCCCCCAAAAUCCUAGUGGAGAGGUACCUCAUUGAGAUUGCCAAGAACUACAACGUGCCCUACGAGCCAGACUCUGUCGUCAUGGCUGAGGCUCCUGCUGGCGUGGAAGCGGAUCUCAUUGAUGUGGGAUUUGUGGAUGAUGCAAAGAAAGGCGGGCGUGGGGGAGGUGGCGGGGGUGGCUUCAUAGCCCCCUUGACUGGCCCCGAUGGGGUUGUUCCAAUGCCAAUGCCGAUGCCAUCUCCGGGGGGCCCUUUCUCUUACCCACCUCCUAAAGGGCCGGAGAACUUCAGUGGCCUGCCUGUGGGGACGUACCAGCCUUUCUCCAGCCUUCACCCCCCUCAGAUCCCAGCCACUCCUCCAACGUAUGAGUCGAUUGAUGACGUCGGUACUGACAAGGACGACUCAGUGUUGAUGGUGCCCUCUUUGUCUGUUGCAGGGCCUGGACUGAAGCCAGAUGUGGUGGCAAAGCCGCCCAGCUCCCACGAUAACUUUGUGCUGCCGGAGUUGCCCUCUGUUCCAGACACGCUGCCUGCCGCCUCUGCUGGCGUGAGCACUUCAGCAUCAGAAGACAUUGACUUCGACGAUCUCUCGCGAAGGUUCGAGGAGCUGAAGAAGAAGACCUAAGAUGGGAGCUAGGAAGGGGGGGCAGGCCAGCUGGCCUGGCUUGCUGUGG